AUGUGCAAACUAAGUCGAGGAGCUACACACCUCCCAGACACCCUGGUUGACAUGUGCAUCAGCAACCCGCAGCCUGUAAGGAUGUGGUCCAAGACAGUAAAGCAAAGGCACAUUGCAUCCGGCGCAUUACUUGUGACUGGCAUUGUUGCAUUUGGCCCUGGGAAUUUCCGCCUUUCACGACGUGAGGGAUGGCCAGCGCCACAGCGCCAUCACGAGUCAGCUGAGCAAUUGGCUGCUACUCAUCAACGUCAGAUAGCCAUCCUCUCACAGAACAUGUGGAAUUCCUUUUAUGCUGGUGGUCCUCAAAGACUGGAAAGGAUGCAAGCCUUCAAGGAGUUCAUUCAAGAAGCACCUGCAGACAUUCUGGUACUGCAAGAGAUGUUUACCUUUGGUCUUGGACCUCUUUGCGAGAAGAGUGAAGCAGAGCUCUUCCAGCAGUGGAUGUGGGAGUGUGGGUUUCUAUAUCAAACGUCUUCCUUGGCCACCAUGCCCUUCUUGGGUCAAAGCUCUGGACUGAUGAUCUGCUCCAAAAAGCCCAUCUUCUCAGAACGACAUCGUAUUUUCACGGAGCGAAGGACAGUUACAGCCAAAGGGUGGUUGGAAGUAGAGGUGCAGUUGUCUUCCAUGGAUUUGGUGAUUCUCACCACGCACAUGGAGCACGCACAGACUCCUAAGUGGCGGCGAGUGCGUGAACAGCAGUGGCGCGAAGUUGUUGACCGAGUUAAGGAACUGCUUCUUGAAAAGGACUCUGUCAUCGUGGUGGGGGACUUCAAUGUUUGCGGACAAGAGCUGGGCAUAGCACUGGACGGAGGCUCCGAAUACAAGAGCAUGGUUGCCAGCUUCGCCCAAUGUGGACUGGCAGAAGUGCCUUUGACUUCGACACUACGAGCCAAUGAGGCAGACAUUUCAAGAGAUUGA